GUUUACUCGGCACAAGUUCACUUCGGGAGUUGUACGCGCUCGCACAGGGAUCGCUGCUCCAGCUGGAGAGAGAGAGAGAGAGAGAGAGAAAACGAUCGCGCGCGCGUGUAUACUUCGGCUCGCGCGAGCACCGAGCUCCGGCUGGAGAGAGGCCUUAACUGCAGUCGAGCUUGACACGUCCCCGGCUCCGUGCUUCCUCAUCUUCGGAGGAUUUUGGUCUCCCUGUGCUCGAUCGCGGGACAGCGAUCCGCUGGAAAUUCGGUCGCGUUGCUCGGUGUAUUCGGUUCUUCGUCGGCGGCUCUCGCCGACAGUGCUAGUGUCCAGGACGCCCAGGGCGAGGGCCUCCGGGCCAGGAAGCCAGUGCCCGCGACGCGAUGACCUUCGCUCGUUCGGUGCUGUGAUACCGCGGUGAAAGCCUCAGCCCCGAAUACCGAGGUCCGGGUCGCCCGAGCUUGCCGACGUCCUCGUCCCGCAUGCGGUCCCGACGAGCCCCGGGCCCGUGAGCAGGCUCCCCAGCUCGUCCCCAGCUCCGAGGAACUCUCAGCGCUUCCCUGGCACCUGAAAAAUGAUGGAAGUUCAGCAACAACACUCGCCCGUUGGCGUCGGACCGCUCGACUUCUCCCGACGCGGGGUCGCCGAGGCCUCGGCAUUUCGCGUCGUCAAACCCAAACAACCACCCGCCUCCCACGCUCAUCAACAGUCCCAUCAACACGAGACGAACAACAACAACAACAACAACGACAACCAUCAGGAACAAACGCAGCUACCCAUCGAGCCCAGUGACGGAUGCAACGUCAGACUCGUUUUUCCAAGGCUCUGGGCACCUUUUGGCAACGUCAAUGAUAUCACGACGCUUCCAACACUCCGGAAAAACAAUGCAGAGCGUUUGUCGUUCGGAGUGGGUCGCCUGGUCGGCUCGCCAUCGACGAGGAGUCCAUCCCCAUCGGGGCACUCGGUCUGUCCCGAGUCUCCGACGACCUCCGUGGGGAACCGUGAUGCGGAGAUCGACGUCGAGGUCGAGGAGGAGAUCGACGUGGACGUGGAGGAGGUCGGGGACGAGGACGAGCGCGAGGCCAGUAUUUCGAGUCCGCCCCGGUCGAACUCGACGCCCUCGCCGACUUCCAUCAGCCGGGGAACCCCGCCGAACUUUCAUCAACCGGUGAGACGGUCCGGCGACAGUUUCAGCGUCUCCGCGCUCCUCAGGCCCGAUCCACCCUCCGCCCAUCACAACCACCAUCACCACCAUCACCAUCAUCAUCGUCAGCAGGGUUCCUCGUCACCGGCUCGAGACUCAUCCACCAAUAGCGUCCACCCUGCCGGGCCUACUUCUCACCAUGCUCCGGCAGCCUCCGCCGCGAUCCUCUACCCUCCGCUCCAUCUCCAGGGCACCGCCGGCCUCCUCCCUCCUCAUCCUCAUCAUCCGCUUUCCUAUCUCCACCCCCAGCUUCUCCCUCAUCACCUUCUACCCCCUCAUCUUCAUCCCCUUCUGCGUACCGUUCAUCCUGCUCAUCCGGCACUUCACUCCGGCCACACGCCUCACGGUCUCCAUCAUCCUCAUCCCCUGGGCGAUGUCUACAGCUGCGUCAAGUGCGACAAGAUGUUCAGCACCCCUCACGGCCUCGAGGUCCACGCGAGAAGAUCGCACAACGGGAAGCGCCCGUUCGCCUGCGAGUUGUGCAACAAGACCUUUGGCCACGAGAUAAGUUUGACGCAGCACAGGGCGGUCCAUUCUGCGGAGAAGGUGUUCGAGUGCAAGCAGUGUGGCAAGGCGUUCAAGCGGUCGAGUACGCUCAGCACUCACCUGCUCAUCCAUUCGGACACGAGGCCAUAUCCAUGUCAAUUUUGCGGCAAGAGAUUCCACCAGAAGAGUGACAUGAAGAAGCACACGUACAUCCACACAGGUGAGAAGCCGCACAAGUGUCAGGUGUGCGGAAAGGCGUUUUCGCAGAGCAGCAAUCUCAUAACGCACUCGAGGAAGCACACGGGAUUCAAGCCAUUCGCGUGCGACCUCUGCGGCCGAGCGUUCCAGCGGAAGGUCGAUCUCCGGAGGCACCGGGAGACGCAGCACGCGGAGAUCGGGACGACGACGCACCGGGCGACCGUGGCCGUGACGCCGAGCAACCUCUCGACGCCGAGUCAAACCCUCCUCCAGUAAGACUGCGCUGGGACUGAGUUGCAAUUAUCCAAAAAUCCAUUAUUCCCGGACCCCUCGUGCCGCCGAUUGCGAAAGAAACCGGCGGAGGCGAGCGAUUCCGAGGGCCCGAAUCGCCUCCGCACGGUUUUCUCUCAUCACCGGAAGCGAGCAGCCGAGGAAAAGGAAUCGAAGCUUUAUGUAUAUUGAGCGUCAGCCGGGUCGAGUCGUCGGCAACAAUCGGCAAAAAAUCGCUUCGGAAAUCAACCACCGAUCAAGACCCCCGCCGGAUCGGUGUCCCAAAAAAACCGAAUGAAAAAAGCUUGUAAAUAGAGCCGAUCAUCUUCGAGCCUCGUAUCGUUCUUAGCUUAAAUUACGUACGUGUAUAAACAUCAAUUAUAUGUAAACAUAUUAAAAGAAGCGAAAAUAAAUAAAAGAAGGGCGAAGAGGCGGGGGAAGACUCGAGACAAAGCUCCUGGAGGUGGGACACUGCGAGUGUCAGCCAACCUUUUCUCUCCCUCUCUCCCUCCAUCUACUUAUUGUUUCAUCAUUGAUUAUUAUGUAAUUAUUGUAAUUAGUCCUCGCUAUUAAUAUUAUUGUCAUUAUUAUAAACAAUAAACGCUGUUACCAUUUGUA